GAAAUCGAUGCUCGGGGUAACAUCCAUAGCAGCAUUUUUUUGUGUCUUUCCCAAAGUCUCAAUACGGACAGGAAGAACUCUCCGGGUUAGAGGUCAGAGAAACAUUGAUUGCGUUUGCAGCUGCUGAACUUCACUUCUUUGCUGAAAAAUGUCUUACAACAAUGAUGGGCUAUCAUCUAUGGGUGGAGGAGGAGAUGUUGAAGUUGAAACCGAUCCAUCUGCGGGAGGACUUUUCACUAUGGAUUUUAAGAAGCACGAGGAUCUGAAGAAUAUGUUGGAUUCCAAUAAAGAUGGACUGAAACUGGAUGCCAUGAAAAGAAUAAUUGGGAUGAUAGCUAAAGGAAAGAAUGCCUCGCAUUUGUUUCCAGCAGUUGUUAAGAAUGUCGCAUCAAAAAAUAUUGAAUUGAAAAAGUUAGUUUACGUCUAUCUGGAAAGAUACGCAGAAGAACAACAGGACUUAGCUUUGCUGUCAAUAUCUACUUUUCAAAGGGGAUUGAAGGACCAAAAUCAACUUAUUCGAGCUAGUGCUUUGCGAGUGCUUUCCAGCAUUCGAGUUUCGAUUAUUGUUCCUAUCAUGAUGCUUGCAAUCAAAGAAGCUGUUAACGAUAUGUCACCAUUUGUUCGGAAAACUGCAGCACAUGCAAUUCCUAAACUAUACAGUCUUGAUCCUGAGCAAAAAGAAAAUUUGAUAGAAGUAUUGGAGAAGUUGCUCAAUGAUAGAACAACACUCGUAGCUGGGAGCGUAGUGAUGGCAUUUCAAGAACUUUGCCCGAAUCGCAUUGAUCUCAUGCACAAGCAUUAUCGAAAAUUAUGUGGACUACUGGUUGAUGUCGAUGAAUGGGGACAAAUUACUAUUAUAGAUAUGCUCACUAAAUAUGCGAGAACUCAAUUUCUUGAUCCUAAUAAAGGAGAAGCUGAUAUGGAAAUUGCAAAUAGACCUUUUUAUGAAGACGAAGAGGAGAUAGAAGAGAAGCAUGAUACAAAGCCUAAAUAUGUGAUGGAUGAAGAUCACCAACUUCUUCUUAGAUGUGCAAAACCUUUGCUGCAGAGUAGAAAUGCAUCUGUUGUGAUGGCCGUUGCUCAGAUGUUUUAUCAUAUUGCACCGAGAUCAGAGUUAGUUUAUGUCGCAAAACCUCUUAUUCGUUUACUGAGAGGACAUCGAGAGGUUCAAGCUGUUGUGCUGCAGAAUAUUGCAACAAUGACUUUGAAGAAAAAGGGAAUUUUUGAACCUUUCUUGAAGAGUUUCUAUGUUAGAUCAACCGAUCCAACUCAUGUCCGAAUCCUGAAGCUUGAAGCUUUAACGAACCUUGCUUCUGAAACGAACAUUUCGACUAUAUUACGAGAAUUCCAGACUUACGUAAGAAGUUCUGACAAGCAGUUCGUGGCUCACACAAUACAGGCGAUCGGAAGGUGCGCUACCAACAUUGCAGAAGUGACAGACACGUGUUUGUCUGGUCUUGUCGGCUUGCUUUCAAAUAGAGAUGAAAGUGUCGUUGCCGAAAGCAUUGUCGUCAUCAAAAAACUACUUCAAAUGAAUCCAUCGCAACACAGCGAGAUAAUUAAUCACAUGUCAAAAUUAUUUGACAACAUUCAAGUUGGAAUGGCCAGAGCUAGUAUAUUGUGGUUAAUUGGUGAAUACAGUGAGUACGUACCAAAAAUUGCACCAGAUGUUUUGCGAAGAGUUGCUAAAAAUUUUACUUCGGAAGAAGACAUCGUCAAGCUUCAGGCUAUUAAUCUAGCGGCAAAACUGUUCGUGACUAAUUAUAAGCAAACCAAACUUUUGACGCAAUACGUUCUGCAACUUGCUAAAUACGACCAAAAUUAUGACAUUCGUGACCGUGCACGCUUCAUACGACACCUAAUCCUGCCAAGCUCUGAAAAUGGAGGUGUCUUGCAAAAACAUGCCAAGAAAAUUCUACUCUCACCCAAGCCAGCACCUGUUCUAGAAUCACCGUUUAAAAACAGAGACCAAUUUCAGCUUGGCUCGCUAUCUCAUAGUAUCAACACAGAGGCUAAUGGUUAUCAGAAACUUCCGGAUUUUCCAGAAACUAAGCCUGAUACUUCUGUUAGAAAUGUUGAGGUUCCUACAUGGACAAAGAAAUCGAGACCAGGACAAACCAAGAAACCUGCCAAAGUGAAAUCAUUUUAUUCUGAUAAAUCAAGCGAAAGUGAAUCUGGAAGUGCAACUGAAGAUUCUGAAUCUGAUUCAGGCUCAGGAAGCGAGUCAGGGUCGGCGUCGAGCGACGAGGAAAGCACGGAAGGACCUGAUUCAAGAGUGAGUGACUCUGAUGCAUUGAGUCAACCACCUCGAACAAAAGAACCCAGCUCUGAUGAACAGUCAGAUUCUGGAUCAUCUGAUUCAUACUCUGAGUCUAGUUCAGGAACAGAUUCUGAUUCUUCGUCCUCUCCACCUCCAUCUCCUUCACCAACAAAAAAGAAAGCAACAAAAAGUGUCGUAAAUAAAAAGAAAGAAAAGAAACCAGUAUCAUUACUUGACUUGGAUGAUUUCGGCGGAUCCCAAGUUACUAACUCAGUGUCAUCAACAACCCCAGCUCAGAUCUUAUCACCUUUGACAGCUGAUUUGCAAGGACUUUCGCUCGAUAAUACUUCAAACAAUACAUCUGGAAUGGAUUACUCAUUCAAUUCUCAUACUCCCCAGAAAUAUGAGCUUUUACAUAGAAUGACUGGAGAAGGAUUAUCAGCAUCAUAUAGGUAUACAAGACGACCUUGUAUAUACAGCAAUAAGAUGGUUUCAAUUGAACUCAUGGUAACAAAUCAUGGUGAUGCUCCAAUUAAUAAUAUUCAUAUGGGGAAUAAGUAUAUUGAUAAAUUGCAAGGUGGAUUACAGGUUCAUGACUUUGAUCAAAUUGAUGUGCUUGCACCUGGAGCAUCUUUGUCUUCUACGAUGGGAGUUGAUUUUUGUGACACUACUCAACCACUUAUAUUUGACUUAUGUACUGAGACGAGAAAAUUCAAUGUUCAAAUCAAAAUACCAGUCGGUGAACUUGUCAAACCAACAACAAUGCAUGAAACAGAAUAUAUUAAGCAACAAGGUAAACUAGGGGGAAUGAAUGAAAACACCGGUAAAUUGAAUAUUCCUUCUUCCCUCGAUGACAAAGAAGUUUGUAAACGAAUCACACAUGUACUGAACGUUUGUAGAGUUCCAUCAACACAGGAUAAUAUAUACAGAUUUGCUGGUAAAACAGCUUCUUGUGAAUCUGUUCUGCUGGUUUGUUUUGACCAAUCAAGUGGAGAUUCUACUUCGAAGCUUCAAGUCCAUUGUGACAAGAUGGUAAUUGGUUCAAUGAUAUUCAAGCAAAUCAAAGAAAAAUUAUCUGAACAAUAAAAGGAUAGAUGGAGAAAUCAGUGCAAUUCAAAUAGGCUGUAUUUUGUUUCUUGUAACAGUGAAUGUCUGUCAUUAUACUUUGUAAUAUGUUGAUGUGGGUCAGGGGUUCUCAACGUUUAUUAUCUAACCCUUCGCAAAGUGAAUUUGAUUUCUACAAAUACUCGUGAUGACUCAUUAGGACAAAAAUGUACUUGAAGAAUGAAGAUGUUUCAAAUUAAUUAAAUAUGUUGAAUUGAGUAACCAAAAUGCAAUUUUUUCAUUCAUAACCAACAAACAGAUGGGAGAGCGUAAUAACAUUUAUUUCGCAAUCUGUUAUGUGCUCAAUGAUACAUUUGAUCAAGUAAUGAAAGGAAACGAAUUGCAUGUAGCAGAUAAAAGUGCUAGUUUCUUGCUUCUCUCAAAAUUCCAAUGCAGGUCAAAUCUACCCGCAGUCGAGAACCCCUGAUGUAGAUGUUAUAGGGUGCUAGGAAGCAGCUUUAGUGUUUUUCUUAUUAUCUCUUAACUAUAUUUGAAUUAAUAAUAUUAUGCUUUCUAUGUUUAUUGCCAGAUAGGGACAUGUCUGUCUCUCACUAGAAUAUUUCAAAAUAAUUAGUUUAGGCAAGUUUGAAAACGCUAUGUAACUUUGUGGUUUGAGGUAAGCAGAGAUACAUUUCUUAAUGUGUAUGUUGGUUUUGAUGUCAGUUGCCAAUCAUGCUUUCUUGAAGUGUUUGUCCCUAUAUAUUACUGUAUAUUAAUCCUCAAAUAUAUAUGAAUGCUGCUAUUAAAAA